AUGGGUUAUGGUGAACUUAAACUGUGGUAUAACAGUUGUGCAUUCAAAUCGCAAAAUUUGUCGUCAACAAUAACAGAACUAUUUUUCAAUUGUAAUCCUGAUUUUUUUCCUUUAAUCUCAAAGUUAUUACAAAUAUUAAUUACACUGCCAGUCACAACAGCUACUGGAGAGAGGUCUUUUUCAUCCUUGCGUCGACUUAAAAAUUAUCUCAGAAACACUACUGGUCAAAUGAGACUAAAUGGAUUGGCAGUCCUCAAUAUACACCAAGAUAUUAAUGUUGAUCCAUCAAUGAUUAUUGAUGAAAUGGCUAAAACUUCAAAACGGAGACUCAAUCUUAAUUUAUAA